AUGGACUUUGUGGAUAAAAAUCUUAUAGAGAAGAAACCUGUUAAUCUUCUCCCAUUGGAAGAGACUUCUUUUAAGAUUGUUGAAAAAGUCAAAGAUCUCAAGGAAUUAGCUGCCACAUUGCAAAGUGUUGAAGAGUUUGCUGUUGAUCUGGAGCAUAAUCAGUAUAGAUCUUUUCAAGGAUUAACAUGUUUGAUGCAAAUCUCCACCAGAACCGAGGAUUAUAUUGUUGAUACAUUCAAGCUUUGGGAUCACAUUGGUCCUUAUCUAAGGGAACUCUUCAAAGACCCUAAAAAGAAAAAGGUUAUGCAUGGAGCAGAUCGUGAUAUUAUUUGGCUUCAACGGGACUUCGGCAUUUAUGUCUGCAAUCUUUUUGACACAGGACAGGCCUCAAGGGUGCUAAAGCUGGAGAGAAAGAGUCUCGAAUUUCUUCUGAAGCAUUAUUGUGGAGUUGCUGCAAACAAAGAAUACCAAAAUGCAGACUGGAGAAUACGACCCCUUCCGGAUGUAAUGACAAGAUAUGCUACAUCUUCAGACCAUCGAGAUUAA